CCUGCCCAUUGGUCUUUCUGUAUCACCCUUCGCGAUAUCGUGUUCACUUGGGACACCACUACUCGUCAUUAAACUUGCUCUCUGAUCAUCGCGACCCUCGGCUCUUGUCAGGCUUCUUCCUUGCUCGGUGGCCUGCUUUGUCCCGGCCAGAGGGCUUAGCCUUUCUUCCUUUCAUAUCCCCAUUUCAACGUGCACACAUUGACCGCUCUCUCUUCGUCCCUGCUCAGAUCGGCGCACCAUGUUCUCAAAAGUAUCAGACCGACUCCAUCACCGGAAACAACAUCCCUCUACCUCCUCGACCUCUUCAAACCUGGCCUCGUCGUCUCUCAAUCCCGGUCCCGAUCAUGCUUCUCAAUCCGCUCAAUCCUUCUUAUCAGUGCCGAUGGAAGGUGUCGAACCUUCUCUUGGUGGGUAUCAGUCAGAUAUGCCGCCUCAUUCCGAACCCGCUGCAUCCAACCUCAAUCUCAGUCAAGCUGGCACCAUGGCUUCGUCGCGCCUGCCACAACUCCCAGCCUCUCAUACCUCAGCGGUAAUUCAUCCUACGGCCAUGACCGGCUCCGGUACGUCAUCAACCCCCCGAAUCCAGCACGACGAUGCAGAUGGUGACCUCGCCCCUGACGCCACUCGACAGGGCAGCAAGGACGAGGAUCGCAUCAGAGUGAAGGCGAAAGAGGCGCAAGAGCAGGCUAGGGUGGCUGCGAUCAAUGCGGCAGCCACUCAGGCAGCUCUGGAUACGGCCGUCAGUCAGCAUUCAGCGGCGUCAGCAACCUCAAAGCCGCACACCGCGUCGGUGACGGGACAGCCUUUGAGAAAAACGGCAGGACGCUAUGCUUUGGCUGAUUUCCAGAUAGAACGGACACUUGGGACAGGAUCAUUUGGUCGAGUGCAUCUGGUCCGCUCCAAGCACAACGGUCGAUUCUAUGCCGUCAAAGUUCUCAACAAAGACAAAGUAAUUAAAAUGAAACAAGUGGAACACACGACUUCGGAAAGGGAGAUGCUGGUCCGCGUUCGACACCCUUUCCUUGUCAACUUGUGGGGCACCUUUCAAGAUGUCAACAACCUAUAUAUGGUCAUGGACUUCGUGGCAGGAGGCGAGCUCUUUAGUCUCCUGCGAAAAAGCCAGCGUUUUCCCAACUCCGUGGCCAAGUUCUAUGCAGCCGAGGUUGCUCUGGCUCUGGACUACCUUCAUUCUCUCGAUAUCAUCUAUCGCGAUCUCAAGCCCGAGAACCUCCUUCUUGGAGCGGACGGCCACGUGAAGGUGACUGAUUUCGGUUUCGCGAAACAUGUGCCCGAUAUUACGUGGACCCUUUGUGGAACUCCAGAUUAUCUCGCUCCUGAGGUCGUCCAAUCUAAGGGAUACAACAAAAGCGUGGACUGGUAUGCUCUGGGCGUAUUGAUAUUUGAGAUGUUGGUGCGAUUGUUCCCCACGAUCUUAUUCCUCGCUCACCUGCAGGCCGGAUAUCCCCCCUUCUUCACCGAGGAUGGCAACCCCAUGAAAUUGUAUGAAAAGAUUAUCGCCGGCAAAGUCCGUUACCCCUCGUACUUCGACGCGUUGGCCAAAGAGCUUUUGAAGAACCUUUUGAUUGGUGAUUUGACCAAACGAUUCGGCAACUUGCGGGCUGGUUCUUCCGACAUCUUUGCUCACCCUUGGUUUGCAGAAGUUGAUUGGGACAAGCUCUAUCGCCGGGAGAUUCCCGCCCCAUACGUCCCGAAGAUUGACGGGGAUGGUGACGCGAGCCAAUUUGAUCGUUAUCAAGAGGCCGACAUCAGUGAAUACGGCAAGGUUGGGACCGGUCCUUACGAUCACUUUUUCACAGACUUUUGAGAGUAAUGAUGUUGUACAAGGGAUAGGCAUAUGUUUUUUGAGUUUUG